GAAUCGCCUGCCUGCAAUCAGUCUGCAGGCAGCAAUAAGUUAGAUAAAAAACUGACAGCAUCUACCACGACUCUCUCGGACAAGGAUCCUCGAGACAUCAGUAAUAACGGCUUCAACCGGUUUGAUCCGAAGUACGUCAGCAUCGGUCCAAAGGCGGUCCGGUCCGUGGGGAACCAAAUGACGGCCAACGUGAACAAGUGUGCUACCUUGCGGCACGGAGGUCGCUACGGAGGUUCUCUGACGGCUGGAGUAGGGGCAGGAGGACGCGGCACUAGCCCAAGUCCUCUGCUGAAAAACGUCCAACAGCCCGUAGUUGCCCAAAGCAAUGCACACUUCAAACAUCCUCAACAGCAGCAUACCCUACUUCAGGACAAACCGGAUCGCCAAGCAUCGAAUCAGCAAAAGCUGAACAUUUCUACCGUUUCCAAAGACUACAAUCAAUCGUACUCCUGUGCUACUCUACCGUACAAGAAACCCAGUGGUUUCUCCGAACCGGUCACCACAUCAAUACUGAAGAAGGAAAGUAAUCUGGACAUCAAACAUCAUCCCACAGUCUACAGCAUCGAUACGUCCUACCAUCAGCAGCAGGCUGCUCAACCAACGCAACAGCAUCAUCGCUCGCUGUCUAGCACAAACCAGUUGUACCACGAAACAGGAGCUGGAUCGGCAUUUGCUAGUCCACCGCCUUCAUCCGCAUCUACGGCUACUACCAGAAGCAACGUGUCCAUCAUCAAUCAACCACUGCCAGAGAUUCCGACCUCUGCACAAAGCAUAAAGAACAACCAACAGCCACUUUGCGCUGCCACGCUCAACCAGUACCGUUCGCUACAGCGCCCCAAUAAACAGAGCGGCCUGAGCCUUAAGGAAUCGUCUCCUCAACCGCAGCCACAACAUCAUGCUCCAACUCAAAUACAGCAGAAACCGUCAAUACCGCCCAAGGUCACUCCACCGAUGCUUCCUCCGAAGAAUCGCCAUAAAGACGACGCCAUGUAUCAGUCGCGGACUGCAUCGGUCUCAUCCUCCAGUAGACCUCAGCAACCAUUACCUCAACCUCCCUCGCAUCAGUCGUCCUCAUCCUCGCUACAAUCCUACGGUCUCGGUAGUGCUGCUGUUGGUGGUGGUCACCUGACUAAGGCGAACUUCAAUGCCAUUCAACAACAGUUACAAAACCAACUUCACUUCAAGCAGUAUCAUCAACUUACCCAGCAACCCUGGCAACGCGAGCAACUGACCACUCACAACACAUCUUACCAACAACAACAACAACAACAACAACCGCACAGCUAUUCUGGUCAUGAACGUGGAUACGAACUAAAGUCCAGCCGAAACCGAUCUUACUCCGGCGGUAGUGAACGUGAACAAAUGCAACAGCAACAGCAACAGCAGCAGCAGCAGCAUCAUCAACAACAACAACAGCAAAAGUCUAGCAAUAUUGAAAAGCAAAAGCAAAGCUAUCAGACACUGCCAAAGAACCAUCAUCACUAUCACGGUCAAGCAGCCAACACGACCUCGUUCAGUACUCAAACUUCUGGGCAGCAUCAGCAGCAGCAGGCGGUGCCACACCAUCAUCACUACCCGUCACCACAGCAACAACAACAACAGCAGCAGCAGCAGCAACAAUCGCACCACCAUCAGUCACAGCAGGCUGUGACUCAGCAGCAGCAGCAAACACCGCAACCGAAAAGUAUUUUGAGUAAAUCACGGUCCAACGAGACGCGGGAACGAGAGCGUGAACGGGAACAACGGGAUCGCGAACGGGACCGAGAUCGUGAUCGGGAUCGAGACCGGGAGCGCGAACGGAGUGCGCACCGAGGCCACAGCAGCAGCCACGAGUACCAUCACGAGGCACGCUCCGAGAGCAGCAAGAAUCCGAACGUUUACUACCGAUCGCUACAGCGCGGUGGACUACAGGCCAACAAUGAUCUCUACUCGGUGACGGAAUUGUGAGAAAGGUUUGACUUUUAAGUUUGUUUCUAGAUGUGGUUUGGUUUUUUCUUUCGGGAACUUGUCGGAUGGACCUGGUGGAUGUUUGGAAAGCGUACCCGGAAUUGUUCAAUUCUCCGCAGUAUCCGCAUCGGUUCUGACGUUUCUGUUGUAUUGAAAUAAUUUGUUCCAUAACUUCUAUGAACAGGUUCUUUAACCCCAUAGCUAUUCAGUCACUUGAAUGAACUUUUGUUUUGGGAUGGUUCAGUUCAGUAAACGACCAUCUAGUAAAUAAACUAUUAUCGAAACACUUCUAUACUUGAAAACAAAUUCUCACUAUACGACAACGCCUAACCGUGGCAAUGCUUUUGAAACAUCAAACGUCCACCGCGAACAAGUUAUCCAUCGUUAUGAGGUUCUUUUUACAAGCUGCCCUCCAUUUGAAAUUGGCAAUGAGAUUACCAACAUCAUCGCACAACAAACAUGAACGAAUUACUACCCGUCGAUGAAUGCCUUCUCGAUAAGUUUCACCUACUGUUCAUUACUUCGAUUACUUAUAAUCUCGAUUGCCAGACAGCAAGACAAGUACAGCAAAGAGAAUAAACGGAAACAAUACGUAACCAAACGAAACUAGCACACACACACAUACAUACACGCAAACUAACAAACCACGAACGGAUCGUUACAGAUCCUGGCAUGCACCGGCGUAGUAGCAGAGUUUGUAAAUAUAUAUACAGAUGGAGCACUGUUUCUGCCUGACAGAACGCAGUGCAUUUUAGCUCAAAACAAAACACACUUUUCACGAUUUGAAUAAAUAACAGACGGGGGGAAAAAAUAACUGACGCUGUAACUCGCAGGGGCGCUGCACGCCCCAGUAGCGAUUGUUGUUAAUGUUACUGAUAAUCUUCAUAGUAUAGACAAGAAAGCAAAAAAGUAAAACAAAAAAAAAACAGAAAACAAUACGAAAACAAGUGUAUUAAGAUAGGAAUUAGUCAAUCUGAAAGUAAAAGCUCAACACAUUUCUAUCGAUCCAAUCAAUUCAUACAACUGAACGGACGGAUUCACACUAAUAGCAAUUGAAAAUAAUGCAAAUUGAUCAAAGUUGUAAUGUUAGAGAUGUCAACGUGUGGUAGGAUUUUUCACAGUAACCGGAAAACCCGAACAACCCCCAAAUUCCCAAAACAAGCCAAAAUCAAACAAUCAUUCGAUGACAUUCAUCUGUUGUAGCACGGUUAAGCAUUCAUUCCAUCGAUUCGCUAGCGUCAAGAGAAAACCAAGUCCAACGUUGUUGAAAACCAUAACACCAUUUAGGAACACGAAAUUAACAAUUCAUCUAGAAAAUGAUAUAGAAAUAAACAUACUUUUGCUUCGAGUUGGUUUCCUAGGCUGAGUUGGUUUUUAGUUGGUGAAAUUAUGCAAUUAGAGGGAAAGAGUUUUAGUGUGUAGACCGGCUACUGUGGCAAGGGUGUAGUACAGUUAUUGAAAGUUGAUUUCCACUUCUGGGCAUUGUCAUCUUCCCAAUCGUACUCUGACUGUUAGGUGAAAUUAAUCUCAAUAGAAUCUGUACAAAAUGAUCUCAUUCACGAUAUACUAAGAGACUGGUGAUCACAUCACGGAAGGAUCAGGAAAGGAAAAACUUGAACAACCCCUGCCAUUUCAGAAUAUUUUGAACAAUUUUACUUUAUUAUCUUACAUAUCGAAAAAAUAGAAUUGUACACCGGUUGUUUUCCUAGUCAUAACUUUUUAGAUUUGGAAUUGUGAACAACUGUUCUCGAAAAUACCACCUUAAUUUUUUUUUUCGACCAGACCAGAAACCUCCUAUCUAUACUCAACUUAAACAAAAAUUAUGCACGAUUCUCGAGGUGAGCUGAUCACAUCACAUUAAACGAGCAAUACCUAACAGACAGUAAAAAUUACUGACAUUCACGCGAUAUGUAAAUCAUUAGUAAUAUUAAACAGACAUCAGUUGAAUUAUAAGUUUGAUUGAAAUGCAUCAUCGAAUCAAAAUUAAAUUGGAAUGCACUGAUUUUUCAAUGAAUAAGAAUUACGACUCAGUUUUCAUUUGCCAAGAACUGUAAAGCAAUUUUACAUUCAAUUUCCUGCUACAAACAUGUGCUCGAAAAAAAGAUGUAAAUUUACAACAUAUGUUUAUUUGUGUAGCAUUUAUAAGUCUUGAGACUUUCUAGCAGACCCGUAACAAGUAUUUCGUUUCGAAAGGGGGCCCAGAACAAAAAUAAAACAACAAACUUCUUUAUGUGUCUAAUUUAGUUCCUGCGCUUUUAGUGCCUCUUUUUUUUAAAAAGCGUGAAUGCAGAUUCAAAAGAAAUCAAUCAACUAAAACGAAUUUUCGAAUUCGUAAAGGGAAAUCUUUAUUUUAACAUUCUCAAAUCAAACAGUCCCAUAUUACGGUUUCGACUUCCGGUUCCGGAGUUACAGAGUAGUUAAUGUGUAAGCCUUCAAUUUUAGGAGUGUGUUUUCAUAUGUGACUAUAAAAGACAAAGCUUAUAGUUGGGAAAUUUUGUUGAUUUCUAUUCGGAUUUCCGGAAGCACGGGAAAAAGCGUUCAAAAAUUUCGAAAUAUAACUCUUCUCGUUAUAUCAACCAAUCUCAGAAAUUACAAAACAGAUUCCACGAAACUUCCUUAGAGAGUUCUAAGAUGAUUUUCGCAAGAAUGGUUUUAUAGAUUUCGAUUAAAUUUCAGCCGAAGCCGUUUUUUGCUCCAGAAAAACAAGAUAAUGAAUGGUUACUUCGGGGUUAACCAAUUUUUGUGCAUUUUGUUUUGAUCAAAAACCCGCUGAAGAGAUAUUCAUUAACUUUACAGAGUGUGUUGGUUGAUUAGAGCUCAGCGAUUCUCGCAACGUAUUAAUUAAAGACGAUUUAGAUUUAGGAAGUCUUCGAAAAGUAAAUAGGAGGAAAACCCCUUGACUUUCAUAUCCAUUUGAUCUGAUUGAUGUGAACAUGGUGAUGAAAGGUCCAAAUUGCAAAUUCUUAUUCCAGAAUACUGCGUUCUAGUGCAAUGUAAACAUUCUAGAGAAAAUACACAUCAUUGAAGUUGUUUGAUGAGUACCAAAACUUCUCAAGCUUUCGCAACAACAGAAACAAUCUGGGUGCCGUUUUGGUAACACAUGUAUAAUGUAUAAUGUUACACAUUUCCAUUUGUAGGCCACCUCAACCCACAAGGCUUGCGAUGAUGCGAUAUAUUCUUAGAAUUCACUGCAAAGAGCAUUCAUAAAUAGCAUGACAAUGAGUGGUCCGAGGUGGCUCCCUUGUUUCAACUCGUGAGAAACAGAACAAGUCUUCUUUACGUUCCUCAAAACUGCUCCUAUUGGUGAGUCAUUUUAGUUGAUAGCCAUCCAUAUUUCCAAGGUGCGCUCCUUCAUCUUUUUAGUUCUUUUGCCUCCCAAACAAAUGUUUUUAAUCAAAAUCUUUAACCAAACUGUUUAUGUAUAAAAAAAUAAAUGAGUAAUUAGUAUCUAAAAGAAGUACGUGCCUGCUUUAUAGUGUUUUUUUGUUUUCAUUUUCUUGUAUAACAUUGAAAAUGAUAAAUUUCUUAGGUUGGAUUAAAAAGCUGCCCUCAAACAGCAUUCGCACCUGCGUUUUACUCAUCUCUAGUAGGGUGCGAUACCACUCCAUUAUUAAGUAUCUGUGACUAAUCGAAAAACCAAACAAUUUCGCAAGUGUGAAAGUACACUAGUGAGGUGCAUCGAACCCCACUCCUAGGCGUCUGACAUUACACACCGGUACUUUUUUUUUACAAAAAUCUGUAUUUGGCGGCAAUAUCAAUCUGUACAAUAUCUAUCUAUAAAAAUCUAAAACCAAUUUAGCGAUGAGACUGGUUUUGAGAGCAAAAACGAGCGACAUUUAAAAAUCUGAAAAGCCACCGGCAAUGCCAAACCGGCUGAAACAGAACCGUUAAUAACCACCCCCUCUUAGAAAAAAACGUUCAACGGUGGUCCUUCAUUGGUUCAAUACGUUGGGUCAUUGGUCCAAUGAAAGUCCAAUCAAUCGUUCAACGGGAGGCCAACAUGGGACCUUCGUUUGCCGAUUUUGAAACAGAUCGUUGAGCCGAAUGCCAUUUUUUUCGUUCAACAAACCCGGCAGACAGAGGUCCAUUGUUGAGCCAUUUUUAAGGAGUUGGAGCCCCGUUGAACUAGUUUUACUGCAGAAUUUCUGAAGGUUUUUCCACUUAUUUGUUUAAACUAACAAUACAUACCUGCUCAAUACUUCUACUUCACGUAGAAUAACAACAAAUUUUCUUUCUAUGUAAAGGUAACACUUAAUUUUCACACUAUUUUUGCAAGAGAAAAAAACAACAACAAACCGUUCCAGCAAAUUGAACGAAUAUUUCAUGCAAUAUGUUGUUCAACAAGGGCUCAAAGACCAACAAAAUAGAACGGCCUGCUGAGAGGGUUCUAUCGAACAAAAUCUACCCACUUGUAAGCGGCAGGAAGGAAGAUUUCCCGAUCACACUGCCAGAAUUCUUGUAAGGAUUUGGUAACAAUGCUACAACUGUUUCCGGCAGAGAAUUUCUCUCAGAGGUUAUAAACGGUUGAAUCAGUUCGACGUUUUCAGUGUUUUUAUGAUUUCAUCUCCUAAUUUGAUUGUUUGUAUCUCUGUAUAGUAUUACAAAUAAAAACGUGCUUAAUCCACCUAACAGUGAGAUGGUACCUUUUUUAUCAAUCCGCAUGUGUUUUUUACGUGAAUAUACUUCGGUGUUUCAGUUUUCAAGACAUUAUUCUAAUGUCCGUCGUUUUAAGUGGCAAUUUGCGAUUUUAAUCACUCAUUACUCUGUAAUGUCGAAACUGCAAAUCGGAUCGAAUUUGAAUCUAAAAGUGUAACAAUCGAUUAAACAUUCCAUGAUAUGUCGAAGUAACUUCCACUUUAGAGUUUACGGUAAUUUAAGGUACUUCCACAGCCGGUAUUCAGGAACCAGGAUAACCCAAACCGAUUCGUAUGGCCAUAUGAAGAAUAAAUUGCAAUAUUUUUGAGUCCAACUUUAAAGUUUUUCGGGAUUGUCAUCUUCUAUAUCGCUUAGAAUUUUAAUAAUUCAUCCUCCUACAAUUCCAAAAUCGGAAGUCAGAAUUGGAUAAAAUUGGAUUUAUUUUAAUUUGAAUUUUUGUUUUUGAAAUUCGAUUUGGCUGUUUUUGAGAAAACGAUUGAGCUUUGAGAAAUAAUUCGAUACUGGAACCGGAAUUCGAAAUUCGGUGUAGCCGAAGUCAGACAAAUUCACCUGAGUAGCUGUAUAGUUUACAUUUGUUUCAAAAUGUUUGAAAAUUUUUGAGGAAUCGUAGUGCGAAUUAAAUUUUUGGGUGCCUUCCGAAACGAAAACUGAAUACAAGCAAAAAUGAAAUAAGUUUAUUUGGUUAUCGACUAUCCAAAUCUUCAAACCCGAGACACUUGAUUAAUUUAUGUGAAAUAGACAUUUUUGUACUAAUCACCCUGUAUACCCGAAACCGGAAGUUGGAUCUGACUGAAAAGCAAGGUGUUUAAUAGAAUUUUAAAUAGAUUUCAUUUGAAUCUUAGAUCGGUUCAGCCAUCUACGAGAAAAAAAUGAGUUAUACAAUUUAAAUUUCGUUUCACAUGUCCUCCUGUAGCUCCGGAACCAGAGGUCGGAACCAAACGUAAUUCAGGAACUUUGUUUGGGAGCAUACGACUUUUCAUAUAAAACUGAGUUUGUAGAAAACGGUUGAGUCAUCUCCGAGAAAAUUGAGUGCAAUUAUUUGUCACACAAAUGUGUAUAUGGGUGUUAUGUUCUUCCAGCAUUUAUUGCUGUGAGUAGUUUAAAUCAAUAUAAUUAUGGAAUUGUUAUCAACUCGAAAAUGCUGCCAUUAUCUAGUUUAUUUAUGUCAUAUUCGAACAAUAUUGUUGCCAAAUACGAACCGUGCUAAAUUUGGUCCGAGGCAAAAUAUCAUGCUGUACACAGUCUUUUGGGUACUUCGAAACAAAUGUAUGUGACAGUAUAAAAAUCGUGUUUUAUGUUGCUCCCAAGCAUUUCUUUGCCAGACAGUGCUCAAAAGUUCGACUGCUGGAAUAGGGGAAAAAGUCGCUUACACAAAAAUUUCGAUAUCUCCGUUAAAAAUGGACGGAUUUUAACAAUCUAUGGCUUGUUGGAUAGGUAUUACCGUGCGGAAUCUAAGUCUGAAAACAUAUUCUGUUUUCAAGCUGAAAAUUUUGACAUAAAACUUCGUAUAACUCAAAAAGUAAACAUCCUAUCUCAAAACCAUUCAAUAGCGUUCUGGGUGACGUGGAGACCUUUCAUUUACGACUAGUUUGAUCAAAAUCGGUCCAGCCGUCUCUGAGAUAUUGACCUCUUAGUUGAAAACACACAUACAGACUCACACACGGACAUUUGCUCAGUUCGUCGAGCUGAAUCCAUUGGUGUAUGACACUCGGCCCUCCGAGCCUCGGAAUUUUGUUCUAAAGUUUGAGCGAAUUUUAUACCUAUUUUUUAUAUUUAUAAAAAAAGGUAAAACAAAUCGCUCAGCAACUAAGGUGGUGGAAGUUUCUGAUAUGUAAACAGUAUCAGAAAACGAGUUACAUGUACCAGGUCUCGAAUUUUUCUCGCGUCUAUACGGUUAAUAAAACGGCUAUGGUGGAGUUCAAAUGUAGCAAAGGUGGUUUUAGAUUUACUGUAAACCUUGCCCAGUAUUUGUUGUGCUCACACUAAAUGUUUCCUCAUUUUUGAAACAGAAAACAUUUCACAUUUUAUGUUAGGCAAAUCCUAUUUCAUAACCGAUGAGGCGAAGUCAAGAACAUGAUGCAAAUUAGGAAAACGGAAACAUCAUCCCACAACUGUCAGUUUUUUAUCUAAUUUUUAACGAAAAAACAAUGGGCUGCCCUCUCCCGAAUAUAACGUUGUACAUAUAGAAUUCGAAACAGUAUUGAAUAUCCUUAGUUUGUAGUUAUCUAGUUUUAACGAAACCAACGACGAAACUCGUGUUUUCUGUGUCACCGAACGUGGAAAUAAAAGGCAAAGUUCGAAUCACACAGCAAAACACACACUUCACACGCAUACAGACUACAUAUAGCCCACGAGAAAAAAAAACGAGGGCGAAUGUUUUUAUACCAAAAUUUCUAAGAAUAAAGUAACAACAAAAAGUAAUAAUCAAACAUCACCUUAAUCGAACGUAGCGGGACUCACUCACUGGAACAUAAACGACGGUGUUUGUUGAUGUAGAUGUAGAUAAAGAGAAAAAAAACCGUGUUGCCAGCCAAGCAUACACACAUUCAAGAAACCUUAUUCUAUAGUUGAAAACUCGUUGAAGUUUACCUUUAAAAAAAAAAAUAAACUACAAAGGAAUGACUCAGUAAUAUGAAGACAACUGCGGAGAAAAGCUCAAAAUAAAAAUCGUUAUGAUUAUUAGGUAUAAGCGAUUAAAACAGAAAACAGAAACAAGAGAGAAUUUUAGGACUCGGGUAAAAAUUUCAUGUAAAUUAGUAACAAACAAAAGCUAAAGGCACUUUUUUGUAUAGAACUGACAGGGCUAGAGUUGAUCGGAAAGCUACACUGGAAUCUGCAAUGAUUGCAUAAAAUCGUAGAGAAACGGUUGUUCUUGCCGAACUCAAAUCCACACACACACACUCACUCACACUAACAUUCAAACAGAUACAUACUUUAGGGUCAAUUUAAUCAAUGGAAGCGGGUGUACGUGAGAAUGAACAUGGGGUUGAAAUAGGUUACUUUCGUCAUCUUCGGUUAUUGGUUUGUGUUGGUUGUAAAUGUGUCCAGAUUCGAUGAAUGUUUGCUUGCGUGUGAUCGUAGAGGGUUUCAAAUGCCCGAAAAAUACAUGUGUGUGUGCGAUCGAAGAAUAUGCGCGCGAGAAUCGUCAGUAUUUUAUCAGGGAACCUAUUUUUAACCCGAAACCGCCUGUGUAGAUACCUUUUUCGUGUGAUGAGUGUCGCGCCUGAUAUCCGAUAGAUGGCAGAGUUGUGCAGAUUAAAACGAUUUUUUCUUUGUUUCCUACUUUGUUUUGCAAGUCACGCGUACUACUUUGACAUUCCUGUUUUUUUUCUGUUUCGUCCGUGUCUUUUUUUCCGUUUCGUAUUUAAACAUUCCACAGUUUCCGGUACCAUUAGCUUGCUCGCCUCAAUGCUGCCACCUAUCGGACCGAGCCCGAACUGUAGUCUAAAUGCAGCGAUGAGCGCAAUAUGUAAAAUAGAACUUGUAAUGUUUGAAUAUUUGAUAUUUAGCGGAAGUGGAUCGUUUAGAGGCACGAAAAAGGCAAACAAAUCAAUACCAAGAGAUAGUCUGAACAAUUAAAACAAACAUAAAAAAAAUUACACUAAAAUCAACCAAACUUUCGUUAAAAUUGAAACUCACUGAACUAGAUGAAAUAAACUAAAAUGAAGGAUAAAUUUAGGAAGUAAACGACACACACAAAAAAAAACAUAAGCAAGACAACCUCUUCCGGUGUAAGCGUAGUAAUUUUUAAGGUUAUGAUAAAUAAUUAAAACAAAAACGACACAUUAAUGAAAAAGAAAACAAAAAAUAAACAAGAACCGUUAGACAUUCAAAAUAUUUCACCUCUUUUGUAAGAUUUGUAAUUAUUUUUAGCAAUAACCGGAAAGCUCUUCAAUCUGAAAGGCAGGCAGCGAAAUAGGAGAGGAAGCGAGAGGGUUUAGCAGAUCGAACAGUUAUCGUGUUUUAAACAGACUUUGAACGGAAGCGGAGAGACAUAUUACUCAAGCAAAAAGGGUGCCAUCGUUUUUAAACAAUUAGAAUAGUGAAACUAGUGUUUCGUUUCCUUUUUUUUCAAAUCACAUUCUUUCUUCAAUUUUGUACUGAGUUCGAAUUUUGUAGCGGAAACUGUUUUUCGUUGUGUCAUUAGUCAUUUAAGUCACACACACACACAUACAUUGGAGCUCAACUAGCGCUACGUGAAUGGGAAUGUGCGCGUGUAUUCACCAAAUACACGUAAUCAAAUUGCACAAGUUAUGAGUAAACGUAAGGCAGUUCACGCUUAGCGAAAAAUACUAAACUUCGUUAGAACACACUCAUCCCUCAUACACAUUAACAAAAACAUCUACUAUCCGCGUAGCGUAGGAGAAAUAUUGAGCAAAACCAACGAUAGAAGAGCGAAUCUCCGAUGCUCAUUGCCGAGGGGUGUCACAACAGUGUUGACCCACCCGCUGAGAGUUGAGGGGCAGUGAGCACGGAUUGUCACUGUAACGGAAUGUAAGCCAAACUUGUAUUUUAUGUAUUUAUUUUGAUGUCGAUUUUUAUUUUUUCUACUAUUGAAAGCGAAUAAAUAAACGAAAGGAAAAUUUA